GAAAUGCCUCCGACCACCGUCAUCUCCUCCGUCCUCAUCCUCCUCCACGUCAUCAUCACCACCACCACCUCCGCCCCAAUCCUAGGUCUCGACUCUUUCCUCAACCAACAAUCCCGGGUUGACCCGACUUGCUCAAACGACUCCUUCCUCUCCCUCCCAUCCUCUCUCAAAAAACUUCUCUCUCAACAACAAUCCCGGGUCGACCCGUCUUCUCUCCUCUCCCUCCAAAUCUCCGUCCCCAUAACCGUUAAACUCGUUGGCACCAACUUCUCUUCUAACGCCAAAUCUCAACUCUCUUCAUUUCUCACUUCUGCUAUUACCUCCGAUCAGUUCCACGUCAUCACCCCUUUCUCUUUUCAACCAUCACAUCAUCUAUCCAUAUCCCAUUCACUUCACCUUGACGUGGCACUUUCUCCUUCAUCUCUUUCUUCACGUUUAUCUCAAACCCUAAAAACUCAUCUUGCUACUGUUCCUUCAUCUUUCAGAUCCGUUCUUGCAUCGGUCCCACAUGGGAUAAUUGAUGAAAUUAUCAAACAAGAUUUCGAAAAAGAGAAACCCAUUAAUGGGAUUUACAUAUAUAUUCUUAAUUUGGGUUCUCAAUCAAAACCCUAUGCUUAUAGUUACACACCUGGUGAUCCAUCACCUGCUUUUACUAAGUGUUUAGGCACUGUUUGGACUGGAAAGGAACGUUAUUUAUGGAUUGAUUUGGGGGCUGGUCCGGUUGACUAUGGCCCGGGGUUGUCGGGCGAUGGCGUGCUGCCACGUGGCGAGUUUCAUCCGUUCGCGACGUUGCACGGUCGACCUAAAUCCCAAAAGGCAUUGCUUUCUGAUUUGGCGUCGCUUGUUUGGAGUGCUUAUCAGGUUCUUAUGGUUCCCUCUUUGCGAAUUCCUGUACCGUUUGAGAAUUCUUUGAUAGUUGAGUUUAUACACAUAUAUGGUUCUUCGGAUAAUAAGGAUAGUUUUGGGUUAGAUUGGAAGUUGAUAGAGAGGAAUUUCAAGGAUGAAGUAAAUGAGAAUGGUUUGUUGUUUGGUGAUCAAUCUUUGAGAUUUAAGAAGUAUGAGGUGAAUUUAGCUGAGUGUCCUAUUUGUUCUUUUGCCAUUUCGAGGGCAGCUACUUCGUAUACUUCUAGGUACUUGUUUGAUAACUAUACUUUGAUUGUGAGUGAAUACCUGGAUUCGAAGCGGUUACACCAGACGUUGUCUGAAUCGGCUGAUCAGUUUAGGCGGAUUGCUAAGAUUCCUGAAGAGGACUUUAGUGGUAGGAUACUUCCGGUUUAUGUUUUUGAUUUGGAUGUUAGCUCGAUUUUGUUGCUUGAUCGGCAUCAUCAGUCUGUGGCGUUUAAGGAUAUGGUUAUAGCGGUCAGGACAAAGAGUACACAGACUGUGAGUGACUAUAGUUGUAAUGGGCGUCAUGUGUUUACUCAGACUCGCGAAUUAGAGAGGCCUAUUGUAGGUUCCAUUUUACAGAGCAUGUGGGGAGUCUCACCAACACAUUUAGUUUGGAGCCCAAGACACAACAGUACUUUCGUAGACUAUACAUGGAGUGUCGGGCAAACACCAUUUGGCCCGUUUUCAGAGGUUUCUUCGUUAUCAUUUGUACAGAAGGAUGCUGCAAGGAGAAAUGUAUUGUUGACAUCGUUGAACUUCAGUAUUACUAGUGCUCUUGAAGUUCUUGAAUCCAUUUCUGCUCAUGGCGGGGAGAGAAAGCUUCUAAAGCAUAAUCAGCGUACUGAGUUCAUGCAAAGGUGGAACUUGUUCAAGUACAAGCUAGACAAGGCAGUUUCAGCGCUCUCACACUUUGACUUUGAAAUGGCUUUGUAUUACCUGAGGGCAUCGGAUCAUGACAUAUAUGCCAUUCAUUCUAUUGUUUAUCAUGCUUCUCAAGAGCUGGAAGCAUCGCUAGUCUGUUUCAAGGACCCACCAUUUCCCUGGGCAUCAGUUUCUAUGACCGCUGGAGUCUUAAUAUUCCUUUUGUAUGUUUGGGUAAAGAGAGAUAAGUUCUUUUCCAACAAGCGAAAACAAUUUUGAUAUUUUCUGAAGCGCUGUUUUGUAACAUCUGAGUUGAUACAAUGCCUGUAUGCUGCAAGCUCUGAAAUUAGAAUUCAUUUUGUUAAGAGAAGGUACUGCAGUUUCAACUUUCAACUAGCACGGAACAUCUUGAUCGUGCUUGCCGAUGAUCAUAUAUGAGCAUUUUGGUCGAACUUCAUAUGGAUGUUUCAUUGGAGUCUUAAUAGAUUAUAAACACAUCAACUAACUUGUUUGCCAACUUCCUCCCAUGUGUAAUUUAUUUUCCGAGAAGGAAGAGUUUUAACUUCGAGUUUUGUGAAUUAGCUUCUUGCACAAUGGGUUAGGAACACAAAGAAUCUCUAAAUUGAAUAAAACAGAGAAGAAUUUUAUGCUCGAUUUA